CUUUCUACCAGACCCAAUAUAACUGGCUGCCAUUUGACAAACAAAAUGCCACCUCUGUAUUUCUCUGCCCUUGGCAUAUUUCUGAUUUUCUAUUAUAGACUCCUUCAUUAGGACAUUGUAGUUCAGCCUGACUUUAGAUUAGAAAUGGAAUUAACUUUUAUAGGUAUGGUAUACUUGUGGAGGCCUGAGAAGAAUAAUAGCUGAGAAUCAUUCAUUCACUUAACCGCUGUUUAUUGAACUUGUCUGCUAUGUGCCAGGCAUCAUUCUAGGUGCAAACCCCCAAAGUCCCCAACUUCUACAGGAGGAGAAAGGCUACAAACUGUUAAACAAAUAGCCAUACGUGUCAGGUGACGCUAAGUGUUAUGCAGUUGAACAUUACAAAUAGAGGGAGGGGUGAUAUUUUGGGUUAGGGGGGUUGAAGACCUCUCUGUGGAGGUGACAGUAAAGCAGACACCAGGAUAGAGCCAGGGAACCAAGCCCUGUGAAUUUUUGGGCUUCCUUUGUCAGCUGCCGGGCUAGUGUGAUAUUCAAGCAUUGAAUAUUCCACCUGGCUGAAACAAAAGGAUGCUGGUUGGGGGCCUCGCACUCCAUUCUGCAUAAGUUCACCCUUGACAAUAACAAUGCCUUUCAGACCAGACUACAGUCUGUUUCAUUCAGUUUGAACUCUAGUAGGAAGCUUUUAACUGUCUCCAAACUGCUUCAUCACUUAAAACACUUACAGUAGGCAAUAAAGCUGACAGUACCUGUGGAAAAUGUUAACAAACUGUAUUUACAUGGUAACUGCCUUAGAGGAAGCACACUUACAAUGGCUGACAUUUAAUAAUGAUAAGUGUUGCUAUGGUUUGCAGUUGGGAAUAGUUUGUGGCCUUCACUAAUGUAUAGCUCUCACAUAAAAGCUACUCCAAAAAGGGUCUUCCUGGUUUAAUGCAUUCACCUGCUGAUGCUUCCUUUAGCAUAAUAAUAUGAUAGUUUAGGGUUUGAUUCAAAUCAAUAAUUGAUUGCACAUGUCUCCUAUAGAUACUGUUAGUUGAAGUCUUCCCUAAGGAAGCCCAAACAGAAUAAAGUAGGAAAAAGGAAAUCUGACCUAGGUAUCCAUGGUUAAUUUUACAGAUCCAUAGAGGAAGGUGGUAAUUUUGAAGUCUUCCCACAAAUCCCUAAGGCCUAAGGCCAGAAGAGGUCUAUAUUAUAAAUUUUUGGGAAUCAUCUUCAAAACUGGAAUCCAUUUGGCCAAUAGAAAAUCUAUUUGAAUUACAAAUCGUGUUGUCUGAAUCACUGUUCCCAAACGAGUCUACCAGCAGAGCCAUAGGUUUUUUUGUCUCUGCCACUUUAAAAAAGUAACUUUAAAAACCCACUUCUUCUCAGCUGCCUUGUCUUGCAUCAGAGAUAACAGAAUCUGGCCACAGAGUUAUUUACUUGACUGAUCUAUUUAUGGCAACUUGUUUGUAUAUUUUAAAGCCACAGUUACAAUAAAUGAGCUAUUGUUCAGUUGUAAACUGUAGAGACAUAUAGGUUGCGAAUCGCUCCCAAGGAAUCCUGAUGGCACAGGAUUAUUUUCUAGCUUAAAAAAAAAAGGAUAACAAAGGAACUGAAAAACACUUAAAAUUUAUUGUCAUAAACUGAGGAAGCUCUUAAAUAUUGCAUUUUCCUCCCUUGUCAUUCUAUUAAUAUCACCUUGUGAUAAGGAGGUUACUGUAGAAACUAAGAUUUGUAGUUCAGACCUCUACUGAUUAUUACUAAUCUAUCAUUUCUUUCAGGGCUUGUUUUGAGGUCCUGUUUUUGCUUGUCUUGGUCCUUUCUGUAGACAACUGAAACCAAGCUGCACUUUCUCUCAGUGUACUUACAGAUAGUUCAGAAACAAGAUUAGCCUUUAGUAUAGGGCACUUUCCUGUGUUUGAAUAAUGCUAUUCACUUAACCUAUUUGCAAAAGAAACCACAAAAAACAAAAACAAAACAAAAAAAAACCUCUUCCUAGUGUACUUGAGUUAACAUCGCGUGACCUGGCUCCUUUUCUUUUGCUGUUAUUUGCUGAUAAAAAUAAAUCUCCUGCUCUGUGCUGUAGGAAUCGCUCCGAAAUGCAAGGGAAGUCCUAAGAGAAGAAUUCAUAUGUUAAUGAGCCCUUCCAAGUGAGAAUUUGGGUUAAAUGUGCCAUUUGCUGACAUCAUUGUUAUGGGCCGAGUAGAGAUGAUUUCUUUAAGAGGUGGCCUUUCAAAUUCUCCCAGCGUUUUGUGGCCCGCGCGUGCACCUGCUGGAGGGGGACGUUUACAUAAGCGUCCUAGGGCACCGGCAUCCUAGCGGCCUCCCUCACUGGGCUCCCGGGGAUGGAGCGGGCGGACGGAGUAUCCACAGCAGCCAUUGUUUGAUGCCCUGUGACUGAGAAAGGAGGCUUUCAGCUUUCAUUAUUAUGCCUUUGGAGAUGGAGCCCAAAAUGAGCAAACUGGCCUUUGGGUGUCAGAGAAGUUCCACAUCAGACGAUGACUCGGGCUGUGCCCUGGAGGAGUACGCCUGGGUGCCCCCGGGCCUCAGGCCGGAGCAGAUCCAGCUCUAUUUUGCUUGCUUACCAGAGGAAAAGGUUCCUUAUGUUAACAGCCCUGGAGAGAAACAUCGGAUUAAACAACUUUUGUACCAGUUGCCACCGCAUGAUAAUGAGGUGCGGUAUUGCCAGUCUUUGAGUGAAGAGGAGAAAAAAGAACUGCAAGUGUUCAGUGCUCAACGGAAGAAAGAAGCACUUGGAAGAGGAACAAUUAAACUUUUGUCCAGAGCAGUAAUGCACGCCGUGUGUGAGCAGUGCGGGUUGAAGAUAAACGGAGGUGAAGUUGCGGUGUUCGCCUCCCGCGCGGGCCCUGGCGUGUGCUGGCACCCAUCCUGUUUUGUCUGCUUCACGUGCAACGAGCUGCUGGUCGACCUCAUCUAUUUUUAUCAGGAUGGAAAAAUUCACUGUGGCAGACACCAUGCAGAACUGCUCAAACCACGGUGCUCGGCAUGUGACGAGAUAAUUUUUGCUGAUGAGUGCACAGAAGCUGAGGGUCGCCACUGGCACAUGAAACACUUCUGCUGCCUAGAGUGUGAGACGGUCCUAGGAGGACAGAGGUAUAUCAUGAAGGAUGGCCGCCCAUUCUGCUGUGGCUGUUUCGAGUCUCUCUAUGCAGAGUACUGUGAGACCUGUGGGGAACACAUUGGUGUUGACCAUGCGCAGAUGACCUACGACGGGCAACACUGGCAUGCCACAGAGGCGUGCUUUUCUUGUGCCCAGUGUAAAGCCUCUUUGUUGGGAUGCCCAUUCCUUCCCAAACAAGGUCAGAUUUAUUGCUCAAAAACGUGCAGCCUUGGUGAAGAUGUCCACGCCUCUGAUUCUUCCGACUCUGCAUUUCAGUCAGCUCGAUCAAGAGACUCCAGAAGGAGCGUCCGAAUGGGCAAAAGCAGUCGUUCAGCGGAUCAGUGUAGACAGUCUCUCCUCUUGUCUCCUGCUCUGAACUACAAGUUUCCUGGCCUUUCGGGCAAUGCUGAUGACACUCUUUCGAGAAAAUUGGAUGAUCUGAGUCUCACCAGGCAAGGAGUGGGUUUUGUCAAUGAAGAAUUUUGGAAAGGCAGAGUAGAGCAUGAAACCCCAGAAGACCCUGAAGAAUGGGCCGAGCAUGAAGAUUAUAUGACACAGCUCCUCCUCAAGUUUGGUGAUAAAAGCCUCUUUCAGCAGCAGCCCAGCGAGAUGGAUAUCCGAGCCAAUGAGCAUUGGAUAUCUGAUAACAUGGUUAAAAAUAAGACUGAGUUAAAGCAAAAUAACCAGAGCCUUGCAAGUAAAAAAUACCAAUCUGAUAUGUAUUGGGCACAGUCGCAAGAUGGACUGGGCGAUUCUGCUUAUGGCAGCCACCCAGGCCCUGCAAGCAGUAGAAGGCUCCAGGAAUUGGAUCUGGACCAUGGAGCUUCAGGAUAUAAUCAUGAUCAGACACAGUGGUAUGAAGAUUCCCUGGAGUGUUUGUCAGACUUGAAACCAGAGCAAAGUGUUCGGGAUUCUAUGGAUUCUUUGGCUUUGUCUAAUAUCACAGGGGCUUCAGUGGAUGGAGAAAGCAAGCCGAGGCCAUCAUUAUAUUCUCUGCAAAACUUUGAGGAGAUGGAGACAGAAGAUUGUGAGAAAAUGAGCAAUAUGGGAACCUUGAACUCUUCCAUGCUGCACAGGAGUGCAGAGUCCUUAAAGAGUCUGAGUUCAGAAUUGUGUCCAGAAAAAAUCAUGCCUGAAGAGAAACCAGUACAUCUGCCAGUGCUCAGAAGGUCCAAGUCUCAAUCCAGACCACAGCAGGUCAAGUUCUCAGAUGAUGUCAUUGACAACGGGAACUACGACAUCGAAAUCCGGCAGCCUCCAAUGAGUGAAAGGACUCGGAGACGGGUCUACCAUUUUGAAGAGAGGGGUUCCAGAUCUCAUCACCAUCGCCGCAGGAGAAGUAGGAAGUCCCGCUCUGACAAUGCCCUGAAUCUAGUUACAGAAAGAAAAUACUCUCCCAAGGACAGACUGCGACUUUACACCCCCGAUAACUAUGAGAAAUUUAUACAGAAUAAAAGUGCCCGGGAGAUCCAAGCAUACAUCCAAAAUGCUGAUCUCUAUGGACAGUACGCCCAUGCCACUUCCGACUACGCGCUGCAGAACCUGGGCAUGAAUAGGUAUCUGGGGCUCUAUGGUGAGGAUGAUGAUUCCUGGUGUUCCUCCUCCUCCUCCUCUUCUGACUCAGAAGAAGAAGGAUAUUUUCUUGGACAACCAAUCCCUCAACCCCGGCCACAGAGAUACGCCUACUAUACAGAUGACCUUUCUAGUCCAACCUCUGCACUCUCCGCCCCUCAGUUUGGUCAGAGGACAACUAAAUCCAAGAAGAAAAAGGGACACAAAGGCAAAAACUGUAUUAUUUCUUAACCAAGUAGCUACGGAGAUCAUUUGUGUAAAACUUAGCCAUUAACCAUCUGGAGCAUAUCUUUUUUUCUUCCAUAGGAAAGUUGCUAAAAUAGUUUUUUUAAAGUGUUUUCUUUGCCCAUGUAAAUGAGAGCCCAACAGCUGUUUACAGUGUCGGAUGAACAUUUGAAAGGUGUGAUUUCUCCAGUUGACCCUCCUCGGAUGGUACAGGUGGACAUGACAUCUUGUGCCUGUCGUGUGCAUUACAGUUUUAUGUAGCUGCUUUGGUGUCCAGUCCUCAAGGGAAUACUCAAGAUACUGUCUCAAGGUGAUUGGAUGGGUGUGUUGAUUUUGCAAGAUGGAGAACUCCAGCAGCCUUCGUAAAGCAAUAGCGUUUUGUCAUUUAAGUCAGGUUGGCUCAGGUCCUGAUCGGUCUGUCUUGGUGUGAGGCAUGCACGUCUUCACGGUGACCUAGCUAACACUGUGCAUCUUAGUGUGCGAGGCCAACUCGUCCCCUUUCAACCCUCCUUAGCCAGGUAAACAUUGUAUUGUAUUAACUCCAGCUACAGAUUGAAAAGAGACAUUGCUAUUUAUAAUGUAGUAUUUCAUAGACUUAAGUGUAUUCCUAAUUUAACGGUGCAAAUAUUAAUGUAUAUACUGUACAGUUCAGAUUUUAAAGCUGAUAUUUUUAUAUCCCUGAAUUGUAAGACGUUUGUUACACUGCAGUGCUAGAUUUGUUAGGGAACCAGAAACAGCAUUUAUGAAUGAAAUGAUUGCUUGUAUUUUAGUCAGGGUUUAUAAGUUUAGAUGGUCAAAUUUAUAUUGCCUAGUGAUGGAAAGUUCAAUUUUUUUUGAUUUUUCAAUAUUAUAUUAAGGCUCUGUAUGCAUGGUGGGCCUAUGUAAAUACUCUUUAAAACUAUGGCCCUAUUAAUCUUACGAGUGUUAUUUAUGGGUUAAGCAAUGUAACCUGUAUAAAUGUAAAAACAAUCCCAUACAUACCCCUUGAAUAUAUGGUAAAAACAAGUAGAAGCUGUUUGGGUGAAUGGUUUUUUCCUUUUCCCCCUCUGGGGGGAGGGGUGCCUUUCUCAUUCUUAGCAAAGGUGAUGAUUAUCUCAUGGGAAGAGACCAGAACUUCAAGGAUCUGCUUUUUGUGGCAGAGGACUUUAUAGAUUUAUUGUUUAAAGAGAGGUUAUUCCUUUUUAUCCCUCCCUCCCAGCUAAUUUGUUGGCUUUUAACAGCAAUUUUGAAAACUGGGUCUUCUGGUUAUGUUUUUCUUUUAAAAUCUUUAAAUGAGAGGAUGCUGUGCCACUCAAGUUAAUAGGAGGUUCUAGUUCAGGGGAAAUUAUGUUGGAUUUAAACUAUUGAGCAGAUAUUCUGAUAUGUGCCAUUCUUGCAUAUGCAUCUCAGUCAUAACUAAAGGUCCUAGUGGCUUCUGGGACCUUUAGAGAGGUAUUUAAUAAACGCUUAAUAAAUAACAAA